AUGGUGAUACCUCUGGCGACCAAUGCCGUCCAAACAGGUAUAGGCAGCGAUCAGUUGCAAGGAGACAGAAAAGCCAAUACACCACAAAAGAACGACGGCUCCAAGCAGGAUUCAGUGGCGACGGACAAAUCACUUCGCGGCAAGAUCAUUGAAGUUCACAAAUCGAAGGAGACAACGGAUGAUAACACGGAUUGUAAGAAAGAUGCAAGCAAAUCGGCGGAAAAUGUGACAUCUGCGUCGUUGAACUCACAAUGCGACAAUUUAUCGGCUCAACAAUUUCAACGUGAAUUUGAACGGCUUCCUGAACCUGAUAUGCGAAUGUGCAAAACGUGGCUGGAGCCGCAAAAUCUUAGAAAAAAUCGUUACAACAAUAUUCCCUGUAUCGAUUCCACAAGAGUUCUAAUCACUUUUUGUCGUCAAGAGGUCGGAGCCGGUUAUAUCCAUGCGAAUCGGAUCGAGUAUCCAACACUUAGAAACAAGUACAUUGUUACACAAGGUCCUCUUCCGGAAACAGUGAACACUUUUUGGCAAAUGAUUUGGCAAGAAAAUGUUGUUUGCAUAGUAAUGCUGUGCAAAACGAUUGAGGAUGGAAAACGAAAAUGCGCAGAAUAUUUUAGCCCAAACUUCAACGUUUUGACGAAGUAUGGUCAGCUGAACGUGGUGCUGAAAAACCGAAAGUGGGAAGACGAAGUCAUCACAUCCAUGCUCGAAGUCAAUUACCUUCAUGAAUCACGCACCAUCACUCAUCACCAGUGGGAGAACUGGUCUGACUUUAAGGUGCAAAACGUUGUUCAUUGUUCGGCUGGUGUUGGUCGAAGCGGUACAUUUAUGGCGUUAGAAAUGUGUCUGCAGGAUCUUGCGAACGGUAUUCCAGUGAAUGUCUUCCAGGUGGUUGUACAUCUUCGAAAGUACCGGGCACUUGCGGUGCAGACAUUUGACCAGUACUUAUCGAUCUACCGAACAAUACUUCAAAUGGGCGAAAAGCAUGGAACCAUCAACAAAGUAUCGUUCUAUAUUCCUCUCUUGAGAACCACAUAUGUGAUAGGCAGUACUAAGCUCAAAUGGUAG